AUUAAAUGAUUAAAGGGAGACAAUUUUGUUACAGCCUAAUGAAAUAAAUCCGCCUACUUAAAAACUAAAUUAAUGAAGAUUAAUAUGGUUGGCAUUCUAUUUUGAUAAAAAAGAUUGCCGGGAUGGAUAUAGAUACAUCAUCUCUCGUACACGAAGAUGAGCUAAAUGAAAAAUACGAAAAUUCUAAAGGUGAAUUACAUAGUGUGGUCGGUGAUGACAGAACUAGGUCAUUUAGUCAGCGACAGAUUAGCCCAGACUCAGACAGGGACAGACUGAGAUCGUAUACAAAUGAGGCAAGAAAAAAUUAUAAUGCUUGCAGGCCAUCCAUUAGAAAUCUCCAUGUUGCUAACACACCCCAUUUCUACGACUCUACUGAGACUGAAACCGAGUCACCUAGGACAACGAAACAUCAAAUCAAACAAUCCAAACAUCUUCCCGGCUGGAUUUGGAAAAUUGUCACCUUGGUGUUAGGAAUCAACCAAUCAAAACGUUGGUUUGCGACAAUACUGUACGUGAUUACGUUAUUCUCUGCCCUGACAUUUACAUUCCUCGGAGUGCUUUUCGUAGUCUACGAUGUUGCGAGUAAGAACUCCUCAACGACCGUUCAUAUCGGAUUUAUGUCGUUACUUAUUGGUUUUGGCUGGUUGUGUUUGGGCAUUUACUCGUUCAGACUCGCAGGGCGAUUGUUUGGUGACGAGGACUUUGCGGCCAGUAUUCGAACUCAUUCCAAAACACUGUUCAAGAUCAACUCAGCAAUUCUGCUAAUUUUGUGUGGGUUUAUAUUUACAGGAUUGAAUCUCUAUACUUCAUUUGACACAUAUGCCUCAGACUACUGUCACAUUGUGGGUCUCCAUCAUCUAGUGUGUAACUCCAUGUACAUCAGCCGUGUUGUGUUCUCUGUGUUAGCCACCAUUUGGAAUCUGCUGGUGGGAUGUAUGCUACUCUCUGUAUGUCGUACACAUACUAUAGGAAUUCGUAGAUUUGUGCGUGAUUUAGAGGAUGAUGGGAGAAAAUAUGAUGACUACUGGAAGAAACGAUUAAAGAAUUCAAAAGACGGGGAAUAUCAUCGAGAGACAUCAUCUAUCCUAGAUAACAGGGGAUGGUUUGUGUUACAAGACAGUGAUUUAAAUGAAUUAAUAAAAGAAGGGAGUGUUCCAGAACAGCCAGAUGUUCCUGCUAAUCAGACAGUUAACAGACAGGGGAGUAGAAUAGAAUUGCAGACCCCAGAAGAUGUUGUGUUAAUGAGAGAAAAUUCACCUGUCAUGAAUCUGACUGCUAGUGUUGAGGAGGACCUUACAAACAGUAUUGGCGGUACAGGCAGUAUAGACUCCCAGCUUGAUGAACCUCCUAUUAUGACAGAAGAUGAAAUACUUCUCUGCUACUGGAAAAUUUCUAGUCGUAUGAGAUUUACAUCACAGUGCCUGCAGCGAUGGCUUGCCAGCUGGGUGGCAUUUGUCGGGAUUUGGAUCGGUGACUACGUGAUUUACUGGCUUAGUCAUUCCCCGGACUUAGGGGAUAUUCUACAGUUUGUGGCACCCAUGUUGUUAAUACUAAUACUGUGUUCAGCGUAUGCAGAAGCCAAUGGGGAAGGCCAGCAGAUGAUCAGGUGUAUAUGUCCAACAAAGGACAGAUAUGGACUGCUGAACUUUCUACACAGACAGCCACUACAGAUGCAGGUGUUCAGUCUAAGUGUGUCGUACAAUGCCAUGUUGACAGUGAUCUUGGCUUUCACAGUGGCGUUUGCCUCUCGUCUUAUCCUCGAUGAAGUAGUCAAGCCAUAGAUAUCCAAACAACACUAUCUUCCUUCAUGCAUUCCAGAUAAUAAUUCCAUAAAAAAGACUUCGAACUUUGAUGCAGAUGAAACAGCCUCAAUAACUCUGACAUCACUUAAUGAUAUUAUCAUGAUUUGGUCUCAAGGGACAUUUUUGUGGGUUCUUAAGAUCAAGGAUUGUCUGGGUGUUUUUGUUGUUUGUUUUUUUUUGUGAAAAAGUAAAACCUAAAUGAUGUAAUGAAAAAAAAUCUGAUCGCAGAUGAAAAGAAAUUUUGUUGCAUCUUAAAUAUGUAAAGUGACCUAUCCAUGAAAACCACAAAAAUUAGUGCCCCGUGAACAAUGAUUUUGUCGCACCAAUGUGAUAAAAUAUUAAAAGGAAAACAAUAUUCAAUCCAGAAUAUAAAUAAUAUCUAGAAGAAUAAGAUGGUGAUACUCCACAGAUUUGGUACCAAGGACCAGUUAUUAAUACUCAAAAGCAUUUAAAAAAAAUAUGUUUGAC